GGGUCCUUUCCAAAACACGGGAACAACCUCGUGUCUAACUUCAUGUACCUCUCCUAACAUUUUGGCUUUAUUUACUGUUAAAAAACGAAAUUCGUUAUGGACACUGAUAAUAAUCCAACAACGGAGGUAGUUGCUACUACUAUGGACAGUGGAGAUACAACAGAAGCGUUCGUAAAGGUGAAAUCAAAGAAGGCGUCGAAGCGAAAACGCGAGAUGGAUGGAGUCGAUAUGGAGUCUGAGGACUCCGUAGCAAGCAAGCGGCCGCAGUUUCCACCCAUUUCAGGCGACAAACUUAAGGUAAAGUAAAUCCAAACAUUUUAUAUAAGAGUACAUAUUUCGUACUGAGCUAUUAUACUUCGCUUGAACUUUGUAUGUUAGGGUAGCACAUUUUGCUCGUAACGUCUGGGUCUUGCACAUGCGCAAUGUCACUCUAUUGCUAUCAUUAUGCUGACACUCCCUAAAUGGAACCCUUUUACCCCGCACAAAUUUUAAGUGUCACUGUCUCACAAGACUACAUUUUAGUCAGCCAGUGCGGUUUUCUUCUAGUGGAGAAGGGUAUAGGCUACACAACAAUGUCAAUAAACUGUUGAAGCUACUAAUGGGCACAAUCUGCACAUACCACUGUGAGAUGUUGCAGUGACAAUUCUAACAUUUCCACUGCGUCCUAUAUUUUUUUUUUUUGGGCUCCUUGUUUCAGGGUGGUUCUGAUGAGAUGCGUAAGGUGGCUGUCCCGGCCCACAGGUAUACUCCUCUGAAGGAGAACUGGCUGAAGAUAUUCACACCCAUCGUCGAGAACCUACAGCUCCAAGUCAGAUUCAACCUCAAAACCAGAAACGUGGAAAUUAAAGUAAGUGCAAUGAGAUCACCUGAGUGACGAUAUAGUCCCUGAUAGUCCAGAGUGUCUUGGAAAGCUCAUAGAUAAGUGUCAUUAUGCAUCUACUUACAUGAACUCUUACGAUGACAUUUCAGUGAAUUGGUUAAAUGUUUAUUAUUACAUCUUGUGGAAUGUUCUUCACGUGCAUGAUUUGUAUUUAUUUAUUGGUGUCUAGAAAGUAGGCUUUAAUAAGAACUUGUCUUUCAUUUCAGACGUGUAAAGACACACAGGACAUUGGCUCUCUCACGAGAGCUGCAGACUUCGUCCGAGCCUUCGUUCUAGGAUUCCAGGUUGAGGUAAGCAGCAGCACCUUCAUUCUCUUGUUGGGGUGAUGAAAUGCGAAGGAUCCAGUCAUCCAGCAGCACUCUACCAUCUCUGCUCUGUGUUGACAUAGUGAGAAUUACAGGCCAUCUCCCUUCUUUCAAGUCAAAUAUGUUUUUAAAGGGAUAGUGAGAGAUUUUGGCAAUUCUGGGUAUGUUUUUUUUCUACGUACCCAGAGUCAGAUGAACUCAUGGAUACCAUUUGUGUCACUGCGUGCAGUUUGAAGGCAGUUUCUUGAGCCAUUGCUAACUAGCGUUAGCGCAAUGACUUGAAGUCUACCCGGAACCGCUAGCAUGCAGUACUCUACUUUAAACAUGCUAACUAGGCCUAAAGCCUAAUGUCUAUUGAGAAUACAAAACCACUGUUUAUCAUGUAAAGGGAAUCUGACACCUUGUCGCUCUCCCUUGGGAUGUCUCUAAAGUUAAGUCUAAAUAUAGGCUAUUAGUUAACCGUAACGUCUUUGACAAUACAACUCCCCUGUUUUGUUCUGUUGAAUCUAAACAACUCCUUGUCUGUCUCCCCAGGAUGCCCUUGCUCUCAUCAGAUUGGACGAGCUUUUCCUAGAAACCUUUGAUGUCACAGACGGUAACUAAGGGCCUGGCUGGCAGCACUGUUAUUCUCUACCUUUACAAGCUACACUAUUUGUAGUCAGGAAUGGAAUUGGAAGGAUUUUGGGGCACUGGCCAGCCAGGCUAGUAAACCACAAUGUGUACUUGCCCGGGUGACAUUCUGUGCAAUGCGGUAUUUGAAAAGACAACAUUUCACUAGUCAUCGGGCUAGUUAGGCACACUUUCUACUAGCCCGGUCUGAAAAGUACUAGCCUUGGGUUAGCUUAAUUUCUAUCCCUGUAAGUUCUCUUCACUACUAAGUGCACUCCCUCAGAAUCACAUGUUUCACUAACUGUCUUGUUGUUUUCUUUCUUUCAAUGAAUCGGUUUUGGUCUUAUCAUCUUAUCUUUAAAACCUUUUUAAUAUUUUUAUUAAUUAUUUUUAUAUUUGGGAACUACAGAUGAAAACUAGCCAGCUGGCUAAAUAUGGCACAUUUCAAGAACUGUUAUUUGAUGUGCGUUGUCACUGUCAAAUAAAAAAAGUAUGCACGGUCCCUACCAAUACUAAGUGCAUUUAAGGCACAAACCUUUUCUCUCUGUACUAAUGUUUUUCUGUUUGGUUGGCAGUGAAACCACUGAAAGGAGAUCAUUUGUCCAGAGCUAUCGGGAGGAUAGCAGGUAAAGGAGGAAAAACAAAAUUCACCAUUGAAAAUGUGACCAAGACCAGGAUUGUUCUUGCAGACUCGUGAGUAGCGCUAUGGCCCUAUGGUAUGACGGAAUAGUUAGAAUUCUAGGUCUACAUUCAAAGACUAUUAUUUAUGGUUUACUCAUGGCCUUUUUUGUUGGUGUCCUUAAUAUUUUACAGAAAAGUACACAUAUUAGGAUCUUUCCAGAAUAUUAAGAUGGCACGGACAGCGAUAUGCAACCUCAUCUUAGGUAAGACUGAAAGAGAUGUGGAAGUUAGUAGAGUGGUGAGGAGGAGGAGGAGGGGUAUACAGUGUCCGGAUGCGACAACACCACUUUCUGUAUUCAGGUUUCACUCAAACGUCUUUUUAAGCUUUGUUUUACUAUUGACAGUUACAGCUGAUUUCAGGAUUGAAUAUCGAUUCGAUCACCUUAAAAAUAAGUCGUCUGAUUCAUUGUUUCAGUCUCUGAAUUGUUUCAUCGAACUUUUCGCCACCAGCUACUGAUAUCAGGAGAACAAACUACAAUCUGUCUCGUGAAUUAGCUUACAUGUGCGCCCAGCUGGGCUCCCAAGCGAACUAGGCCCAAGCUCGUUUUCCCUGGCUAAACUAGCUGGCUAGCUAAACUAUGAUAGUUUUUGUCCUCAUUGACAAACUUCAUAAAUACUGCACCCUCAAAUUCAAAACUCCUUUUACUAGUUAUACAAUUAUGUAACUAAGAAAUUAGCUGGAAAGAAACUUGAAAAUUAUUUUAUUGUUUUGUUGUACAGUCAUGAAUGGUUUGAGAUGUCUGUCGUAAGACGACAGUGGCGAAGGAUCUCAUUGCUACUUAACGCGGAACCAAGUUCAGUUUUGAGAUCCACCGGCGUCAUUGGCGUAGGAUUAGCUGGACGUUUCAGUCUGGUCUUGGAACUGACAAUGGGCAGGCUCUCCCCGCUUGGCUCCAUGGGAUAUGUAGUGAUUUAGCCAACACAUCCAGAUAUGUACACAGUCUUGUACCCUUUAACCUUUUUUGAACUGACUAUCGUAUUUGUUGAAUAAAUCAGACUUUUUAUUAAUAUAAUGAGUAAUCCAGGAAUGUCAUGAGUUAAUUGACAAGAUAAAACUUGAGAAAAUAGCAACUCUACAGCGCGCCAAUGACUACAAUGAAUGGCUAAAUUACUUCCAGACACGAAGGAUCGGCCGGAGCUUCUCCUCCACAUCACCACUCUAUUGGCCAUGUGAAUUAUAGUCAUAUAAUCACGUCUCACCAUUGCCCAAGUAACCUACAAGUCCCGUGUAUUAAAAUGGGGAGUGUUACAGGAAAUGCCACAUAAAACAAAUGGUUGUUAGAGCAUGGCGCUUGUAAUGCCAUGAUUGUGGGGUUUGAUUCCCGGGUCACCCCAUACGAAUAAUGUAUGCACGGACAACUGUGUCUUUGGGUUAAAGCGUCUGCUAAAUGGCAUAUUAUAUAUAUUAUUAUUAUUGAUAUAUUAUACAUGUCUCUUUCCCCGUACAGGAAGUCCCCCUUCUAAGGUGUACGGUAACAUCAGGGUCGUGGCCAGCAGGACGGCAGAGAGGUUCUAGGAUCAUACAUGGAUUAUCUUCUCAUCGCCUGAUGAAAGUCGGGUAUUCACCAAGAGUCUCAGUAGGAUCUGAUCUUUUUUUAAAACAUCAUGAAUAAGGUCAUAUGGACGGGUGGACCUGGUCCUAGAUCAGCGCUCCUCUUUGAGAUGCUUUUUGGAAUAUGUGCCCUUGCCUGACCUCUUCCGGGACCUUUGUUAUUGACGCUGGACAUAUUGAUCUGAGGAGUGCCUACCUGCCUUAGACAUCUGGACUGGCCAGUGUCUUCUCACAGGGGAUAUUUGCAUGUAAAUGAUUUGCCCCUAAUUGUCCCUUUUUGGUUUUCAGUUGUUUGAUUGAAAUAAAAUAUUAACUAAUGAUGAUUGUUUGGAUCUGAACCUAACAAAGUAUUUUUGGAGGCCAACGAUGAAUUCUUACACAUAUGUCAAAGUGAAAAUAUGAGUUAAUGUAAAUAAAAAUGGGGAAACCCUAAUGUGAAA